UUAAAAAAUGAGGUUGAAGGUAGUCCUUUUCUUUCAUUUCAUUCAUUUUCAUUUUCUUUCUUAAGUAUGGCUAACACAAUAUCUAAUCAAUUAAAAUUUUAUAUUUUCACGUGAAAAGUUUCUUUAGAUAAUUAUUAUCAACAUGAUGACUCACUCUUACGGAUUAAUACGUGUCUGUAGGGCAAUCCGGUGGACUUGAUCGGCCUUUUACUUCGAAAGUUGAGUAAUCGGUGUCGCUUUCUUACGCAUCUUUGAACUGUAUAAAUGUUUUAAAAUUGUUUGAUCCAGAAUGUACCACACCGGACAAUCAAGAAGGCAGGUGCCUUGACUACAGAAAAUGUAAACCUCUGCAAGAAAUAUGGCAGAUACAGUACCGUACAGCCACCGAUUUUUAUAGACGAUCAGUGUGCAGAUACCAGGGCAAUGUUACGAUCGUUUGCUGUCCGAACGAUCCAAACAAAGAGAAGAGAGAAAUUUUAAUAAAAACUGUGUAUAAGUAUAAGGCUUUGCGACCACCAUACUGUGGUUUUAGCAACGUCUCUCAUACCAGGGUGGUCGAUGGUAAACCAGCUGAACUUGGUACGUUUUAUGUCUUUCUUUCCGAUUAAUAAUAAGCCAUUUACUGCAAAGAAUGAACUUUAAAGGCAUUAAACAGCACAUCAAUGUACAUUUCAAUUAGACUAAAUAAUAAUGCUAUGAUUUUAUCGGUAGUAACUUUACUUAUUAACUUGAAUUAUUUCUUUCUUUUACUUCAUGUUAGGAAGAGUAUCUUUUUGCUUGAAAUAAAAAAUUGAUAUAGGAGUAAUAAUAUGGAUAGAGAUCAAAAACUGUUAGGGCAGAAAUUACACGUUUGAACUUUAUAGUUCAGUAUAGUUCAAAUAGAAAUUAUAUAGAAUUAUUUAAUAAUUUGUAUUCCACUGGAAUAAAAAUUUAAUUUCUGUCUUUAUCAAAUCUCUAUUUCAGAGUAUUUGUACGUAUGUACUUAUCGUCUGCUGUAUGAUCGAAUAUCGAAUAGGCGCUUGGCCAUGGAUCGCUGCAUUAGGUUUUCGUAAUCCCCGAAACCCAGACAAACCACUAUGGAAGUGCGGAGGUUCCCUGAUAUCGGCUAGGCAUGUUUUGACCGCAGCACAUUGUGCACAUAUGGAUGGAAUAGAAAACAUACACAAUCAUAAUAUUGUCAUUCUUAGAUUGGUGGAGGAGGUGCCAUUUUCGAGGUACGUAUAUCCCAUUUGUACGAAAGAGCCCCUACGAAAGAGCAACUUCGUCGGCUAUAACCCCCUUGUUGCUGGAUGGGGAGCAUUAAGAUAUAGACGACCACGACCUAAUGCAUUAAUGGAAGUACAAAUGCCAGUGAUUAAGAACGCCGAAUGCAAAAUAGCUUAUUCCAAAUUUCCUAAUGCACCUGAUAUCACUGAUGGUAUAAUAUGCGCCGAACAUGCUCAGGGUGGAGAGGAUUCUUGUACGGCUGACCGCGGCGGACCACUGCUGAUACAACAUGAAUUAACCUCGUAUUUAAUAGGCUGUUAAUCUAGAGGCUGGAGUACAAAGAAGUGGCACAAUGAUGUGGGCUGAUGACAUUUAUAAUUAUCAAGGAAUCACCCCUACAUUCGCUCAGAAUUUUAAUGAAACUGUCCCUUGGGAAGGAAGAACUGAUACCUUGAUAUCACGGUUUGUACAUCCUAUAUAUACGACAAAUUUUAGAACAUUAUAUAACGAAGAACCAGAUCGUCGUGGCCAUGUGAUGUGAAUAAAAGGACUUGAAUUUGUUGAUAUUUUUAUAAUGUUAGAUAACAUAACUAAGUAUCUUCACAGUAAGAUAGGAUGACAUGGUUUACAUGAUCUUAAUGUUGUUCACUCGAGUGAUGAUAUUAUAAGGAAAAGCGUAAUA